AUGUUAAAACACAGCCUAUUUUUUUUCACUUUUGGACUAACUUUAACUGGAAAACCUUUUUGGAUAAAAGGUAAGCUUUCAAAAUUUAAAACUUUUUUUUUAGGUGUACCUUCUGAACAGACAUCCAGACUUUCUACAUUAGAAAUAAUUAUUCCUCAAAGUCUGACAGACAGAGAGAAACAUCACCCAUUUUUUCAUGAGGUGUACUCAGAUGACAAUCUUUCUUACUCAAUUAAAACCAGAAAUGGAACAUACCUCCUAAAACUGAAGAAAAAUAAAAACCUUGUUAGCGAAGACUUUACGCUCUAUACAUAUGGGGAAAAUGGGAAACUGGAGGCAACACAAUCAAAAAACAAGACACACUGUUAUUAUCAUGGCACUGUUGAAGGAAUUGCUGACUCAAUGCUUGCUCUUAGCACAUGCGAUGGCCUUAGAGGAAUUCUCUACAUCGGAGGCAAAUGGUAUGGAAUGGAGCCACUCAACACAUCCAGCACAUUUGAACACGUGUUUUACCAGUUAGAAGAUAUGCAGGAUAUCCCCUUCCAAUGUGCUGUGCUGAAUGGCAGCCUUCAUCACGAGAUGUCUGUGAAGAAGCAGUCUGUGAAAUACGCAUUUUUAUCAAACAGUACCUCUAGCAGGGAAAAGCUUUUGAGGUUUUUGCUGAAGAAAUUGGAUCCUGCUGCAGUGCAAAAGGAAACAGUUGAGCUGAUUAAUUACGUUGAUGGGAUGUAUAGAGCAUUAAACAUCCAGAUUGUUUUGGUUGGAUUAGAGAUCUGGACACAUACAAACCCCAUAUCUGUAAUGGAUGGUUCAGCUGGAGAUGUACUGAGUAGAUUUGUUUCUUGGAGACAGAACGAUCUUCUUAAACGAUCACGAAAUGAUGUUAGCCAUCUCAUAAUAGGGAGAAGCUCUUAUGGUGGAGCCAUUGGAAUGGCUUUUGUAGGUACCGUCUGCUCACAAGUCCAGGGAGGGUCAAUCAGCACUUUGAAUCAUAACAAUGUGUUACGUCAUGCUACAGUAGUUGCACAUGAAUUGGGACAUAAUCUGGGAAUGAAACAUGACGAUAAAAGGUGUCCUGCAUCCUAUAUUAUGCACAGCACAGAUAAUGGAUCCAGUAAUUUCAGCACCUGCAGUGCUGAUGAUUUUGAGAACCUUAUUCUAAGUGGAGGUGGAAACUGCCUUAGAAAUCCUCCCAGAACAAGUAAUGUUUACAAGGAACCUGUCUGUGGUAAUAAUGUGAUCGAUAACGAUGAAGAAUGUGAUUGCGGCAAACCGCAG